AUGUCUGGCCUUGACCUCAAUUACUGGAUCGGCCUUGUUCUCUCUUCUGUGAUGUUCUCCAUAUUGUGCGUUUUUCAUCAACACUAUAUGGAGGCGCAACCGAUUCCGCCACGUGUUAACACUGCUGGGGGUUGUCUUGGCAUUAUUGGGCUUCUGUUCGUAUGCUCUAUCGCUGUCUCAAAACCCCCUGACGAGCUGUCUUUAGCGUGUGGUAUAGCUAGCCUCUUGUAUAUCGGUGAGAUAAUCAUGUUCCAAAGACGCGAACGGCUUGAUCAGGAUAUGCAUGUCGGCCAGUACGGGGCAGCAGUCUAUAGCGAAGCGGUGCCCUGGGCACUCACUAUGAUUCCUGGAAAUUCGAGCUCAAUAUACAUCAACAUGUCAGGGGGGCUUCCGGCAUCCAGUGGGUGUUUGCGUGUGCUUCUCGUCAAAGCAGCACCAUUCAUCUUCCUUGUCAGAAUCAACACAACGGUGCACAUUGCAGUCUCGCAAGAACAUUGUACAUCACGAGAUCGUGUCACGACAACGAAGGACAAGAGGGUCAAGGGUGCAUGA